GCUUCCGACCUUGAAGCCAAUCGCUGCCACAGCGCGACGAUGUGUAGUUGGUCACUUUCACAUGUAACCCGUGUAAACAAAUAUUCCUUACAUGUGUGACGGUUUACAUGUCCGCAUUCACGCGUGAGACAUGUUCAGCGGCAUUCAACCCGUGACAGUUGUUUUUAACAACGCGAAAAACUGCUUCCUCCACGUGCCCGCCAAGUUAAUUUCCCAUCUGUCGCUGAAGGAGAACCAGGCCUUGGAGUUGUCCAGUUGUCGUGACGGCCCACCGGCGUUCCUCAGCUGGACUCUGAGCCGCAGCUCCUCCGACUCGGAUGGCCAAUGCGUGGAGCUGUGCAGACACCUGGCAGACAGGCUGGGCCUGCGGGACAGAGAGGAGGGGUUCUUGAAGGCAUGUCAGCAAGUGUCGUCGGUGCAUCGAGUGUUUGUGGAGCCGCUCUCGGCUGACGACUGGGAGCUCUUGGAGCUGCAUAGUGGCGCACUCGAGCAGAAGCUUUUGGAUCAGAUCCGGGUGGUGUUCCCAGAUGCUGUUUUCCCCGUGUGGGUGGAUAGCCACACAGUCAUCUACAUCCACAUUGCGUCCUUGUCACCUUCGGUGCCUUACGGACGCCUGGAGCCCUUUACGGAGCUCGUGGUGACUCCCAAGAAGCAGGCCAGCCACCUCAAGGGGCUUCCCCACUCCCGUUUUGACUCACCACCCACACCUGCAGCCCCCCCUCAAACCAUCUCCCCUCCGAGUCAGCAAUGGGGGGGCAUAGCGGACCUGAAAAGUCUGUUCAGCUACAUGACAAAAGGCACCCGUGACCCACUUAAGGAGGUCCUAUCAGUACCGGAGGUCCCCACCCUGCUCGCCGACGCCCUCUACAGAGUAUGUGGCUCACCCCCUCUGUCUCUGGCCGCCGCCAGCCACGUGGCGCCCGGCGUGCUUCACGUCUUCCCCUUGGAACACGGCUCGAAUUUCGACAUCGCGGACGCUCAGCCAGAGAUGACCUACGGGCUGCUGUCCAAAGUGCCUUCGCCCACGGAGAGAGCCAGGGUGGAGAAGAAGAAGAAGAAUGCGGCAGGAGAUGGAGGAGCGGAGGCCAAAGGUCAGGAGGCCACGGUGGUGCGCUUGGUGUGCCAUGGUACUGAUAUGCAAAGACGACACACCCAGGGAAGCAUCCACUGUGGUCAAGUUUGGAUUCCUCCAGUCUUGGCUGUCAGGCUCGACAUCCCGCCACAUUCAGCAGUGAGAAUAAAGCCGGUGAAAUCAACCGUGAAAGAGGCGUCCGCCAUUCAACUCCAGCCUCUAAAACCACUGACGGAGACGGAGGAGGGCGAGGAGGAGGCGAUCCAGACGGCCUUCCUUGGCUGGCUGCACACUCAGACUCACCAACCUUUGGCGUGCUUGACGCCACGAGCCGGCUCCGUCCUCCUACACGCCACUGACGACAAGUUGGAAUUUGCUGUGACAGUGCUGAGACCAGAACCAGAACCCGAGCGCGAUCCGCCAGACCAGCUGUUUCUGCUCUCACCUUCCGUUUUACAGAAGAAACACAUACAGGUAGUCCGAGACCCGGCGUCCGUACCAGCUGCUGAAGUGGACCCACCAAAACCAGAUCUUCCCUCUCUGGAUUCUCUCGGAGGUGUGGAGGAGCUGAGCAGAAAAAGUUUGGAGUUCAUCUCCUACAGUCUUCUGGCGACUCCGUUGGCCAGAGAGCUGCUGGGAAUCAUCGGACGAGGACACACUGCCGAGAAAAGAAAAGGGGAAGAGAGACCGACCAUUCAGCGUUAUCAAGGCAGCGGAAAGAGCGCACUGUCUCGCGCCCUCUGCAGGAAGGCUGCAGAGCAGCUGGACGCCCACGUGGAAGUGGUGGAGUGCAAAACGUUACAAGGCAAAAGGGCAGAGACGAUUCGCCAGACCCUGCAGGACGUUUUCACGCAGGCGGAAUGGAUGCAACCCUCCGUGGUCCUGCUGGACGACUUGGAUCACGUGAGCCGGGCGUCCGCCUCGCCCGAGCACGAGCACGGCCCCGAGGCGCUGCUGCACCUGCACGUCGCGCAAAGCUUGCGGGACCUCGUGAAAGAUGCGAUGGAUCAUGACGUUCUGAUGUGUUUGAUGGUGACCAGUGAGAGCAAACGCUCGUUACACGAGACGCUCACGCACGUGCAAGGAACGCACUUCUUCCAGGCCUUCGCGGACAUACGACCACCCGACCAGGCCCAGAGAGCAGACAUCCUUUUUCACGCGAUCCAAACAAGAUGUGGCCCGUCGCCGCCGGACUCGGUGAACUUGGACCUGGCCGCCGUUGCCAAGGAGACAGAGGGGUACCUACCUCAAGAUUUGCUGCUGUUGCUGGAGCGAGCCCUCCACGCCAACGCUGCACGCCAACAACAAGACGACAGCACUGACGUGUAUUUGUCGCGGCUGGACUUUGCUGAGGCUCUCGGGGACUUCACCCCGCCGUCCCGGUGGGGGGCGGACCUGCACAGUCCCACCGGAGGAGGGCUGGAGACCGUCGGGGGGCUGACGGAGGUGCGGCAACAGUUGAUGGACACCAUCUUGCUCCCCGCCAAGUACCCCAUCCUGUUCUCCAAGCUUCCCAUCCGGCAUUGCUCGGGAAUUCUGCUGUACGGCGCACCGGGCACGGGGAAGACGUUGCUGGCCCAGGCCAUCGCCAAAGACAGCGGCAUGAACUUCAUCAGCGUCAAAGGUCCGGAGCUUCUGAGUAAAUACAUCGGGGCAAGCGAGCAGGCGGUGCGAGCCGUCUUCCAGAGGGCCGAGGCAGCCAAGCCCUGCUUGGUCUUCUUUGACGAGUUUGACUCGUUGGCGCCAAUGCGGGGUCACGACAGCACCGGCGUAACUGACCGCGUCGUCAACCAGCUGCUCACUCAGCUGGAUGGCGUUGAGGGCCUGCAAGGCGUUUAUGUGCUGGCCGCCACCAGUCGCCCGGACCUCAUUGACCGUGCUCUGCUGCGUCCAGGCCGACUGGACAAGUCGCUGUACUGCCCGCCGCCCGACGAGGAGGACCGCUCGGCCAUCCUGAAGAUCCUGAGCACCGGCGUCCCCUUGGCUCCGGACGUGGACCUGAAGGAGCUGGCGGAACGGACCCACGGCUUCACCGGCGCCGAUCUUAAAGCUCUGCUCUACAACGCCCAGCUGGAGGCGAUAAACAGCAGCCAGGAGACUACGUGCGACAUGAGCCUGUCCGCCAUGAGCUUCCCGAACACCAGCAGCGGUUCCGAUGAUCUGGCGGAUGACGUCACGGGGGACGGCAGUGUGAGCCCGGAGCCCGUCGACCUUCAAGUUUCAGACAAUCGCCAACACCAAGAAACCGGCGGUGAUGUCUGGAGGCUCUACUUCGAUGGCUCCUCCGAGCCCCAAUCUGCUGAAGGAAAUCGUUUCUCCGGACAUGACGUGGACAUUCUGACCACCGAGUCCAGUUUUUCGCUGCCCCCGCUCGCCAUGCCUUCCAUCCGGAGCGGCUUCCAGGACCUCGACGACGAGCAGCUGCGACACCUCCAGCAGGAGGUCGCGUGCAUCAAGCUCAACCACCGCAGGGCCAUGGUCGGGGGGGUGGGACUUCCAGCCAGCCGGCGGGUUUCCUGCUGCGUCGCAGCCACAUGCUCGCCGCGCUCGACGUCACCAGGCCGUCACUUGGCAAGAACGACUGGAGCAGAUACGCAACUCUGUACGAAGCUUUUUCAGGAGGCAGAACCACCAUGCCAACAUUCCAAGCAGGACAACGCGUCACGUUAGCGUGACGACACACUAAGAGGCAAUUGUCACUUAUAAUUUGUCUUUAAUUACUCAAAUUGUUGUACAUUUGUGUAUAAAACAUCGUUUAAGAAUUUAAAUAAAUUUUGGGGGCACGAGAAAUUAA